AUGUAUGUUAUUUUCUUCUUCGACCACACGCCGACAAACGGCGUCCCCGGUCGCCGCAUUGGCGCGGGUGUUCAGACGGCCGCAGGGGCGGCGGCGGCGGCACCGGUGACGGAGGUAUAUGACGAAAAGUUGGAGGAAGCGGUUGGUGCGACAACCAUGCCAUUGCCAGACCUCGAGGAGCUUGAUAGCCAAUGUGCUGGGGGGGGCGUGAGCAACAGCAGCAGCAGCAGCAGCAGCUGCAGCAGCUGCAGCAGCGAGGACAGCGGCGGCGAUGGGAGCGAGGACGUGGGGUUGGAUGAAAUAUGGAGUGGAGCCCCGACGCACCUUUUCGACCCCGGGAAGGCUGAGGGGGACGUGAGCAGCAGCAGCAGCGGCAGCAGCAGCAGCGGCAGCAGCAGCGAGGAAAGCGGUGGUGAUGGGAGCGGGGAUGAGGGUUGGAUGAAACCUGGUGUGGAGCCCCGACGCACCCCUUCGACCCCGGUACGACAUGUUCGCAUGUCGCGAGGAGUCGGGGGGCGGUACCAGGGAUGGCGUACCCCUUCAGCAGGAGCAGCGACGGGAGUGGUGGCUUCGGCCAGAGCUCCGACGGCAGCAGACGACGGCAGCGGCGGCUUUGGCCAGAGCCCCGUCGGCGGCAGCGGCGACCACGGCGGCGGUGGUAGAGGCGGCAGCAGCGACGUCACCGGCAGCCGUGUUGGCGCUAGGUCUCAUGACGGUCGUGGCGGCGGGGGGACGGCAACGGCGGUGAUGGCAGCGGCGGCAGCAGCGGUGGCGCCCUCGAGUCGACCGGGAACGGGGAGGACACGGUGACAGCGACGACCUCACCUUGUUACAACCAAGUGGGAGAACAUGUGAAACGUUUACGACUUUGUUCGGUUUUGUGAGCAGGCAUGCACGUUUUAGCUUCGCCAUGUGGCUCCGCAUAUAUUUUUUCGUUAUGUUCUUCCCUUGCCAGCGCACCGUGCACUUUGAUGCAGAAAACACAUGUAUGCCACGGCGUGUGCGUUUUUUUUUUUUGUACUUGGUUUCAUGAUGAUAAUUGUACGCUGCGACAAGAUAAUCAUUGCCACAACCUGUGGAAUAGGAAGCAGCACGUGGGU